UCCCCGAAAAGGGUAAAAAAUGGUAAACAAGAAGGGAGGAGAAUCUCUCACUUCAAAGUGCAUAGAUCUGCAAUACUGCAAAAUCCUCUCAAAAUAAAACCCUAAAAAUUGGUUUGUAUUUGUGGAGAUAUCAGCUAUGGGUUGUUCUAAAGAGCGCGAGAAUUUCGUCUACGGGGCAAAGCUCGCUGAACAGGCUGAACGAUACGAUGAGAUGGUGGAGGCAAUGAAGAAUGUGGCAAAGCUUGAUGUGGAAUUGACAGUGGAAGAGCGGAACUUGCUCUCCGUUGGGUACAAGAAUGUGAUUGGUGCUCGGAGAGCUUCAUGGAGGAUUCUUUCCUCUAUAGAACAAAAGGAAGAAGCUAAAGGACAUGAGGUAAAUGCAAAGCGGAUCAAGGAGUAUAGGAACAAGGUUGAAUCUGAGCUUUCAAGCAUCUGUAAUGAUAUAAUGACUUUGAUUGAUGAACACCUCAUCCCCUCUGCAUCUGCUGGUGAAUCAACUGUCUUCUUCUAUAAGAUGAAAGGAGAUUACUAUCGGUAUCUUGCUGAAUUCAAAGCUGGUAAUGAGAAAAAAGAGGCUGCUGAUCAUUCUAUGAAGGCAUAUGAGACAGCUACCACUACUGCAGAGGCUGAGUUGCCUCCUACACAUCCCAUCCGAUUGGGUUUAGCCUUGAAUUUCUCAGUCUUCUAUUAUGAGAUUAUGAAUUCACCUGAGAGGGCCUGUCACCUUGCCAAGCAAGCUUUUGAUGAAGCUAUUGCAGAGCUUGAUACCCUCAAUGAGGAGUCUUACAAAGACAGCACCUUAAUCAUGCAGCUUCUUAGGGACAACCUCACCCUUUGGACUUCUGACAUCCCAGAGGAUGGAGAUGAUGCCCAAAGGGUCAAUGGCACUACCAGAGUUGGUGGGGCAGAUGAGGCUGAGUGAAACAACACCGUGGUUGACAUGCGAUCGUGGGGACUUUUGUCUUGUGACUUCAUGUGUUUGGGCUAAUUGGACUGUUAUCUCAGCCAUGGUUGGAUUAAAUACAUAACAUCGAUUAUUUCACUGUUUUUCAUUCUCCAUCUUGAUGCUCUGUGUUGUGGUGUGGUUUAUUAUAGCAUGAUGUCUAAACGUGGUUGGUUUAAUUUCUAGUCUACAAGCUUUUCCUUAAAACUAGGGUGGAUGGUGGCACCAGGAUUGCUUUGAUUGCCUUUCUUUCUUCCUCUUUUUUUUUUAAUCUUUUUUUAUUAUCUUUUUUGGUGUAAAUGGUACAAAACAGAUGGAGAGAAUCAGCUGUUUGGUUUUCCUCAUUACCUUAAAGUACAUUCGGGUUUAUGGUUCCUUGAUUGCCAA